AUACAUGCGGGGCCGUAGUGGAAUAAUAGCAUCCAAUCGUACUGUAAGAACUUCUAAUUUGUUAAGGCGUAGCGCCAAUAAUAUAGAUACCAAUGGGCACAGGAGCAGGUAAAUUGGCAUCAGGAGUGGCAAAAUUGCAUGUUUUCCGAUGAAACACGUUUCAACCUACACCACUCUGAUGGUAGGGUCCUUGUUUGGAGGCAAGCUGGGGAACGAUAUGAUGAAGAAAAUACGGGUCCACAAGAGGCGUUUGGUGGAGGUUGCAUUACCGUUUGGGCUGGAGUUGUGAACAAUGGGAAAACUGAACUUUUUAUUUCAAACAGGAUAGUCGAUGCUGCAGUUCAUAGGGACAACAUUUUAAACAAUAUCGUUGUACCUUUUGCACAAGAUGGGGGGGGGGAGGAUUUUGUCAUCAUCGAUGAUAAGACUAGGCCGCACAGAGCUCUUACGGGUAUAAACUUUUUGGCAAAAGAUAGGUACAUUACUGCCUCUGCCAUCAAAGUCUCCAGACUUAAACAUAAUUGAGCAUGUAUGGUCUCGACUAAAUUUCUUAGUGCAGUCAAGACAAAAUGCUCCUUAAACAAUGGAUGAGCUGUUUGAGGCCACUCAGGAAUAGUGGGAAAAAGCUAACCCGAGGUUUUAUUAUUUAUCAAUCACCUUCUGAAAAGUAUACCACUAAGAAGCCAGGCUGUAAUCGAUGUGCGGGGUAGCCCUAGAAGGUACUAACAAUAUUGUUUAGAAUAACUGUUUCUGUUUUGUAAAAAGUUCGUUUUUGUCAUCAUAG